CGAAAGCACACGGGAAACGGAAACUACAUGCUAUCCGCCUCAUUUUUGGCUGCAGCCUGGCUGAAAUAUCCAACACGGAGGCACAAGUCACCUAACUGAAGCAGUAAAUUAUUUAAAAAGUAGCAAUGGCACUUGAAUCGCGGAUCACACAGGAGGAAAUAAAGAAAGAACCAGAGAAGCCAAUUGACAGGGAAAAGACCUGCCCCCUUCUGCUGCGAGUCUUCACCACCAACAGUGGGAGACACCACAGAGUCGAUGAAUUUGCUCGAGGAAAUGUUCCUUCCAGCGAACUGCAGAUAUACACUUGGAUGGAUGCUACACUAAAAGAGUUGACCAGCUUGGUGAAGGAGGUAUAUCCAGAGGCCAGGAAAAAGGGCACCUACUUUAGCUUUGCCAUUGUCUACCCUGAUCCCAGAGGGAAGAUGUACAAGUUGAAAGAGAUUGGCAGUACUGUGUCUGGCAGAAAAGGUGCAGAUGACUCAAUGACACUGCAGUCUCAGCGCUUCCAGAUUGGAGACUAUCUGGAUAUAGCCAUCACACCACCCAACAGAGCACCGCCCCUUGGCACACGCAUGAGGCCAUUCUGAAAAUACACAUGCACAAACCUACACCUUCUGUAUUUUGUCUUAUUUUCAUCAUCUUGGGAUGAUUUUGACUCAGUUUUUUUUAGAAUGUGAUCUGUAAUAAAAUUGUCCCUUUUUUUCCAAA